AUGGCGUCAAAGGGCUUCCAGAUCCCGGGUCUGACGACUUUGUCGCAGACCCAGGUCCCCCAGACAGAGAAUGCCUCCCAUGCAGCUCCUCCUUCUGAGCCUGCCCAGAGUCGACCGUCAUCCGCUGCAGCUGAUGAGACACAUGACUCCGGAGACGCGCUUCUGACUACAGCAUCUCUUCAUGACCCCAAUGUCAUUGCCACCGUCAAUGGCGAUGCUGGUGCGAUGGAAGUCGACCAGCACAAUCCCGCCAUUGCAACAACUGCUAAUGAGCUCACUGCGCCUCCGAGCCCCCCGUCACUCACUCAGGAUCUUGAACAAUAUCUGAAAGGCUUUGCAAGUAGUGCGUCUGCCACAGAGCAUCCUACUCAGAAUCCGGAAGAAAACAGUGAGAUGCAGGAUGUUCAGGAUGUCCAAGAGCACAACGAGCAAUCAGGCCAUCCCGAAUGGGAGGAGGACUCUUCGCCUUACGAGUCGUCUUCAGACUCAAGCAGUUCAGAUGAUUCGGACGAUGAAGAUGACGACUCAGAUGACGGCAAGGAGCUGUUGAACCCCGAAGAACUGGCACGUAUGCUGAUGGAAGCCGGGUCUGACGAUGAGGGCGAAGGCAAGCCGAGAGGUUCGGCCUCGGGUGCGCAGUUGCGCACCAAGAACGAACAGGUCGAGGACAUCCUUCCGAAGCCUGAGAUUACUCUGACCGAAGAGAGCAAGUUGGAGGUAUUGGGUGAAGUCGAGCACAUCAUCGAUAACACCAUUGUUGUCAAGGCUUACACGCCGGGUGACCACCGGGUCCUCGACUCCGGUUCUGCUCUUUUCACCGAGGGCCGAGUUACAUUCGCAGCUCUCGCAGAUCUCAUUGGUAGUGUCCGAGAACCACGCUACACUGCACGUUUCAAGGAUGAUGAGGAUUUCAAGUCGUACAACCUUACCCUUGGUUCCAAGGUCUACUACAGCCCGGAGCAUGCCUCUUUCGUCUUUACUGAACCUCUCAAGAGUAUGAAGGGUACCGAUGCCAGUAAUCUGAAUGACGAAGAGCCCGGUGACGACGAGAUGGAGUUUUCCGAUGAUGAGAAGGAGGCGGCUUACAAGAGAGAGCAGAAAGAAAAGCGAAAGGCUCGGCACGGACGCGGGGGAGGAGCAUCUGGCCGCGGCGGACGACGCGGCUCGCAUGACACUAUUACCGAGCCUACAGCUUUAAAGUACGAUGACGAUGACGACGGCCCGUACCGACCUUUGGCUCGACCUGCCAACUUUGGACAGGGUCCCUCGACAUUCACUCAUGGCUCGUCGGCUAGCCAGGACAACGGCGGUUCAUUCCGAGGUGGUAGGGGUGACUUCAGAGGUAGGAGCCGCGCCCGUGACCGAGGUGCUCGUGGCAAUCGAGGCAGAGGAUCCGGUCACUCACUGCCUCCGAGAACACAAGGCUAUGGCCAGCAGUUUCAGCAGCCGCCUCCGCAACAGUCGUAUGGCUCGUUUCCUCACCCGCCACCCCAGCUUGGCAAUCAGGCCUACUCGGUCCCUCCUGCUGCACAGUUCUUUGGAACUUCUGCGGGUCAGGGUCAGGGUCAGGGCCAGGGCCAGGGUACUCAACUCCCGUUCCCUGCCUGGCCGCAGCCACCGCAGAACCUGCCGCCGAACUUCAUACCACCUCCUCCCCCUCAGUUCCAGCAGCAAGGUGGGCAGGCUCCCACCUUCUACAACCCGGCUUUCUUCUCUGCACUUCAGGAUCAGUUGCAGAACCACAACCAAAACCAGGGUACCAGUCAGCAGUCCGGUCAACAGUGGCCUCACCAAGGGGGUUCCGGUUAG